AUGUCUAGUCGGGAAUCUAGAGAAGAAGAAGAAAAGCAGAAAAGACAGAAACGUGCUGAAUUAAAGAAAUCAAAUGAAACCCCGCCAGCCCCAAAUAAGUCAUUAGAUUCUUCCCUCAAACGUCAUAGCGCGUUGAUCAAACGUUUGCGCCAGUCUCUCGGCGCUGACAAUCGAGAUCAAGUCCUCAAAGAUGUCGAUAGCCUCUCACUUGAGAAGUAUGUUGAAGAGAUCGUCCAGGCGUCAGUAGAUGGAAUGUCUCGAUGUAAAACUGAAAAGGAUAUUUGGUCUGCUACAGAGAUCGUCUCAGCAUUUCAUCGCCGUUUUCCUGAGGCAUACACGCCACCUUUAGUGGCUAUACUCUCCAAGGAGCUCGCAGCGCCAUCUCGUACUGCUCUUAAUUCCCUUUCCAGCGAGCAGCGCGAGAAGGACGAGGCUGCCAGAAUUGUUCGUCAGAGACCUUUACUACGGGUCGCCUGUGAGUUAGCAAUGGUGGGGAUAAUCAACGAUAGCCCUGGUCGUAGUGGAGGAGAGUGGAUUAUGAAAGUGAUCAGAGAACUGCUGGUCAAUGAUCCAUCUCUCGGCUCCCUUCCGUUGUUCACAACUUUCCUCAAGAGUUACUCGCGACCAUUCCUUGGACUGGCUCCACCUCCUUCCGCAAAGCAGGUCGGUGCUGAUGUUGAAGCUGGUGAACUUUCUUCAACCGUUGCACAAGAGUCCACAAAUGGUGUAUCGAACGGCGCCACCAUACUCAACGAGCAGGAAGAGUUGGUUGAAAAAGACAUUCGAGAUAAAUUUAAGCGUAUGUGCGAAGGGUAUUAUGAGAAUGUCGCAAAGAAAUUGGUGAAGGAACACAACAAAAAUGACUCAAUUCUUCUUUUGGACGGGAGCUCAAGUCUUCGCUUGGGUGGUACUGAGGAUCUUCCCGCAAACAGUAAAUGGGAAGACGAAGAGGAGAGGCGUUUCUACGAGGAUCUGCCUGACCUUAAGGACUUUGUCCCAAAGACCGUUCUUGGUGUCGAUGCUGUUGCCUCAAAGGAAGAAAGAGACAGUGUAGCCAAAGAGCAAGUCAACGAUGCUGAUGCUGAGAAGGCAAAAGAAGAACAAGAGAAGAGAGACGUGGCCCGGCUGGAAGCGAGACUGGAGAAUGUCGACGGCGAGGAUGCCAAGACUACUGUUUCUGACGAUGCAGAAGAUCAGCCUAGUUCUCGCAGCCCAUCUCCUACCCAGGGCGCUGCUACCGGAGCGUCGCAAGUACUAGCCGCGCUUUUGGCUCGCCUUUCGGACGCAAACAAUCGCACUGUAAUCGAUGAAAUUGCUGUUAAUUUUGCUUUCCUCAACAGCAAGGCGUCUCGUAAACGUUUGAUCAAGUUCCUCAACCAACCCCCCAAAAAUCGAACUGACAUACUCCCGUACUUUGCGCGAUUGGUCGCAAUCUUGAAUCCGUAUAUGCCAGAUGUUGGGUCUGAGCUCGUUGCAUUGCUAGAAGACGAGUUCCGCUACCUUCAAAAGAAAAAGAAGCUGGUAAAAGAGCUGGCUCCAAAUCGGAUGAAGAACGUGCAUUACCUAUCCGCGUUGGCUAAAUUUAAGAUCGUUCCUCCGCAUUUGAUCCUUCAUGUAUUCAAGGUUUACCUUGACGACCUGACGGGAGUUAAUGUGGACAAUGCUGCAAUGCUUCUUGAAGGAUGCGGCCGGUUUCUUCUGCGAAGUGAAGACACUGGUUCGCGCAUGGCCACUAUGCUGGAAUUGAUGCGUCGGAAACAAUCGGUGCAGCACUUCGAUCAACGGCAAAUUUUGUUGCUCGAAAAUGCUUAUUACCAAUGUAAUCCACCCGAGCGUGCUCCGCGAGUUGAGAAAGAAAGGUCAGCAAUGGAGAUGUUUAUACGUCACCUUAUCUAUGAUGUGUUGGCGAAGAAGACAAUCGACAAGGUUCUCAAACUUAUCCGGAAAGUGAAUUGGAAUGAUCCUGAGGUAUAUGCAGUACUGCUGAAGGUCUUUAACAAACCUUGGAAGGUCAAGUAUAGUAAUGUUAGCUUGUUGGCGAUGCUUGCCUACGAUCUACAGCGCUAUCAUCCCGAGUUUUCAAUCCGAGUAGUUGACCAUGUUCUUGAAGAUAUCCGCCUUGGGAUGGAGCAAAACAUUUAUAAAAAUAACCAGCGCCGGGUGGCCAGCAUCAAGUAUCUCGGAGAACUAUACAUGUAUCGACUAAUCAGUUCAACAUUAAUCUUCGAUACGUUGUGGUCUUUGGUGACAUUCGGACAUCCUGAUGGUCGACCAUUACCGGGACAAGUAUCGCCGAUCGAUGCUCCAAACGACUUUUUCCGCAUUCGACUUGCUUGUGUUUUACUCGACACCUGCGGCAUGUGCUUUGACCAAGGGUCUCAGAAGAGAAAACUGGACAACUACAUAACCUUUUUGCAGCUAUACGUCCAUUGCAAAGCGCCCUUGCCCAUGGAAGUGGACUUUAUGCUGAAUGACACUCUAGAGGCUCUCCGUCCCAAACUAACCCUAUUUAAAUCUUUCGAAGAGGCGGCUGUCGCUGUUGACUCUAUGUUCGAUCUUGUGGACGCGGGUCUCGAAGAUGGCGACAAUGGUGAUGAAAGCGACCGUGGCGGAGAUGAGAGUGGCGAUGAAAAUGAUGCUGAUAGGCGCAAAGCUCAGCGGGAUGAUGCUUCUGACAUUGAUGUCUCCGACGAGGAUAACCGGCCCGGCUCACCCGAGGCGCUGCUCAUCGUCAAUCAUGCGGAGAAUGCUGGUCCAACAGAGGAAGCGGAAGCGGAAUUUGUAAAGGAACUCGCUAAGAUGUUUGUAGAUGCUCCAGGCGAGCGACGCGUAGAUCGAAAGAGCAUUUGGGAGGGACCUAGCCUCCCUACUGGUGUCCGCAAGAAACGUGGUGAAGAUGAUAGUGAACAGGGACAACCAGGAAUGAUGAAGUUUACCAUUGCCACGCGCAAGGGCAAUAAAGUUCAGACUCGCCAACUACCUGUGCCCAUAGACACGGAGUUAGUGAGACAAACUCGAGAGAUGCAAUUGCAGGACAAGGCCGAGCAGCAGCAGCUCAAGCGUAUCGUACUUGAUUAUGAACAUCGUGAAGAGGCUGAGGAACAAAAAGCUUUCGAAGACACGAUGCGCGAAAGGGGCAUUAAGAUUCGAUUUACUUGA